AUGAAUUCACUUUACUCAUCCUGUUGGAACACCUCUGCUGAACUUUUGAACAAAUCCUGCAAUAAAGAGACUGCUUAUCAAACCCUCAGCAUUGUGGAUACAAUUAUCCUCCCUUCUAUGAUUGGGGUUAUCUGUUCACUGGGGCUGGUUGGCAACAUCCUCAUUGUAUUCACUAUAAUAAGGUCCAGGAAAAAAACUAUUCCUGACAUUUAUAUCUGCAACCUGGCUGUGGCUGAUCUGGUCCACAUCAUUGGAAUGCCUUUUCUUAUUCAUCAGUGGGCACGGGGAGGAGAGUGGGUGUUUGGGGGGCCUCUCUGCACCAUUAUCACAUCCCUGGAUACUUGCAACCAGUUUGCCUGUACUUCCAUCAUGACUGUAAUGAGUGUGGACAGGUACUUGGCUCUCGUCCAACCAUUUCGACUUACAAGUUGGAGAACGAGGUACAAGACCAUCCGCAUCAAUUUGGGCCUUUGGGCAGCUUCCUUUAUUCUGGCAUUGCCUGUCUGGGUCUACUCGAAGGUCAUCAAAUUUAAAGACGGCGUGGAGAGUUGUGCUUUUGAUUUAACAUCCCCUGACGAUGUACUCCGGUAUACACUUUAUUUGACAAUAACAACUUUUUUUUUCCCUCUGCCUUUGAUUUUGGUAUGCUAUAUUUUAAUUUUAUGCUAUACUUGGGAGAUGUACCAACAGAAUAAGGAUGCCAGAUGUUAUAAUCCCAGUGUUCCAAAGCAACGAGUGAUGAAGCUGACAAAGAUGGUGCUGGUGCUGGUGGCAGUCUUUAUCUUAAGUGCUGCCCCCUAUCACGUGAUACAACUGGUGAACUUACAGAUGGAGCAGCCCACACUGGCUUUCCAUGUGGGUUAUUAUCUCUCCAUCUGUUUCAGCUAUGCCAGCAGCAGCAUUAAUCCUUUUCUCUACAUCGUGCUGAGUGGAAAUUUCCGGAAACGCCUGCCUCAAGUGCAAAGGAGAGUGACUGAGAAGGAAAUCAACAAUAUAGAAAAUACCUUGAAAUCCAGCUUUUAG